CAAAUCUACUGAAAGAUUUUUUGCAAAGAAAAUAUCUUUUCUUUUACCUUCACAAGUCUUCUGUGGGCUCCUCUGCUGCCCCCUGAUGGCACUGUAAAACCCUGCAAUUGCUGGGUUAAGGAGCAAGCUGAAUGUGGGAGUGUAGGAAAUAAUUAUAAUCCAUUCUCCUCACAACUAGAAACAGCAGAGUUGCUGCCUGGCUGCAGCAGAGGAGUUUGAGUAGUGAUAGAGAGAAGGUGUGUGCAACAGAGAGAAAGAGAUGGAAUGAAAAGAAGCCAAGAUCACUUAAAGCCAGCUAACUGAAAGCAGAGUCCCUGGAAGCUGAGCAUGACUAUAGUGUAACACAGGAUCUGACUUUCACAAUAUACUUUUAUUGAAGAAUCUAUUUUGUGGUUUCUCAUUUCAGACUUCCAUUGGUUUAACAAGCACAAGAAUAAUUCCAUUUGAGUCAAUGAAGUGACACCAGCAUAAAACUGAGAUUUACACCAGACAGUGAUCACCAAUGGCUGCUGGCCUGGAGAAAGCUUGUCACCGGUGCAUAUCUAAAAUUGCUAGCAAUGAAGAUGAUGAAGCCACCCCCAGUGCUGGUAUGGUGCCUGCUCUGCAGCCCGCAGAGCUCAGCGAAAGGAAUCCAGGCCCAUGGGGAAUAGGCUAUCACUGGCUGCUCCAAGCAUGCUUUAUUUUUGGGCUUCUUGCUUUCCUUGCUUUACCACUGUCCAUGACUUUUACAGGAAUGAAGUUUUUGGAAGACUGCCCACUUCAACCACUAAUUCCCUUAUAUCUGUUGGUGGGUGGUGUUGUCGGCAGUUUAAAGGUGACUCUUCUGCUUUAUGACUCCACCAGGAUGAGGCAAUUGCUUUCCAAAUCUGUCGUGAUUGAUGAUGACGAUGAUGAUGAAUAUCCAUGGCGGCAGAAUGCUCACAAAUACUACAUCCAUCUUACGCUCAGCCUCUUCCUCUUUAUCUGGUUCAUACUUGGGAACUAUUGGGUGUUUUCUGUCUACCUGCCAAAUUUCAUUCCACCUUUCCACCAGCCCCAGGAUUAUUGUGAUAAAACCCUGUACAUUUUUGCUGUUGGAGUUCUUAUCAUUAGCCAUACUGUGCUGUUUUUGCUUAUCUUUUGUAGCUUCUGUAUAUAUUGUUUUUCUAGGCAAAGAUAUGCUGCAGAAGAUGAUUAAAAGCCAUAGAAACUAAACCACAGCUGUUAGGUAAAGGGUGUCCAAUGAAAACCAAAAGGCAAUAAUUUACCAGUGUGUAUGUGUAUAAUAGCAGCCAACUAUACUGAGGAAAUUGUGCAAGCCAGGGCCAUCUGGCUCUCUUAAUAUAAUACAUCAUAGUAAUGUAAAAUUUCUGCUAUAGAUGGCAAGCUGCUCUCCUGCUAACUUUUACAUCCAUUUUUUUAGGGGUUUCAUUUGAAGUGUCGAAAUCAGCUGAGAAUUGCAUACAGAAAACUCCUCUCAAACCUUAUUCUUAGACCCUUAGGGAUUCUGUUUUAGCGUAAUACAUUUUCCUCUCAGUUUCUAUAGGUAGCAUGUGGUCUACCGCCAUGGUAUCUGAGCACCUCAAAUCCAUUAGCCUUUUGAGGAUGUAUCAUUGUCUCUAUUUUACAGAUGGGGAACUGAGGCGCAGAGAGAUUCAGUGAUGUAGCCAAGGUCACACAGGAAGCCAGGAACUGAACCCAGAUCUCUUGACUAUCAGUCUAGUGCCUCAACCACAAGUUCAUCCUUCCCUUCUGAGCAAAAAAAGGGGAAGCAAAGUCUAUGUGGGGCAACUUUACUUUCUCUAUUUGUACAAUAUAAUUUAACAGCACCAAGGUAGCACAAAGAGUACUUUAAAGUCCCCCUGAUGAAGUGCAUAGGGAAAUUGACUAUUUUAGUAUUUUUGGUGUGUGACAAUUUCAGAAUGAUGUGGGGCAUGAUAUCAGUAUUACAGAUGAAUGUGUUUACUUUGGCAGUGGAUUGGUUGUGGUUUCAGGGGGUCCUUUUGAUUUGUUUCCCUUAAUGAUGUACAUGUGUAAAUCUAUACUUAGUGGAUGGAUGUGAUGACAGCAGAAGUAUCCACUUUAGAAGCACCAGCAUGCAUGGAGGCAAUUGUCCUGUGGGGUGUAAUGAAACUAACUUAUUAUUGGUCCUGGUAGAUGCUGUUUUUCCGUUGAUUAAUGCAUGUGAAGUGCUCUUGCUGCUUUUGCUCUUACACAGUUACCUGUUAGUCGCUAAGGUGCCACAAGGACUCCUCAUUGUUUUUGCUGAUGCAGACUAACAUGGCUACCACUCUGAAGCAGUUACCUUAGAUCAUAGAAUCAUAGAAUAUAAGGGUUGGAAGGGACCCCAGAAGGUCAUCUAGUCCAACCCCCUGCUCAAAGCAGGACCAAUUCCCAGUUAAAUCAUCCCAGCCAGGGCUUUGUCAAGCCUGACCUUAAAAACCUCUAAGGAAGGAGAUUCUACCACCUCCCUAGGUAACGCAUUCCAGUGUUUCACUACCCUCUUAGUGAAAAAGUUUUUCCUAAUAUCCAAUCUAAACCUCCCCCACUGUAACUUGAGACCAUUACUCCUCGUUCUGUCAUCUCCUACCAUUGAGAACAGUCUAGAGCCAUCCUCUUUGGAACCCCCUUUCAGGUAGUUGAAAACAGCUAUCAAAUCCCCCCCUCAUUCUUCUCUUC